AUGUCGGGCGUGGCGGUUCAUACUCGGCGCUGUUCCGCCCACCUCCUUCGGAACGCAGCUGUCACUGGCAACAUCCUCCAAGUACAUGCAUAUCUCCUAGACCCACAUGCUUCCAUCAACGACACACUCGGCGAUGGGUGGACGGCGCUCCAUCACGCGAUUCAGCAUGGUCAAAUGGACCUCUUCCUCCACUUGCUCGCCCGAACUGACGUCGACGUGAACGCUAAGACUUUAUGUGGAACGACUCCUCUUGCGCUGGCCAUGAGUCGCCGAAAUCACUCGAUGGCUGAAGCCCUCCUGCUCGCAGGCGCAAGCAAAGCCUCCAUUCCACGACAGGAUUUGAUCCUAUUUCGACAGACGAGGAACAUGCCAUCCUCCCUGCGUCAUAAACUGUCAUCCCGGUGGUCUCCUGUCUGGACGCCCGAGUACCACCGUAGAUUUCCUCAUCCCCAACGCCAAGUCAUCUACUUGAUCCUUUGCGCCAAUGAUGCGCGGCAUCAUGUGCGAAGUUGGCGGCGAUGGGUUCAUUUGUUCCUCACGUCAAUAUGGAGCCCAUCAUCGCCUCGCUUACCACCCGCAUGUUCGUGGAGAUACCUGUCCCCGCCGCUUUUGCAUCUCGUGUUUGAAUUCUAUGGAUGGAUCGAUUGAAAGGAGUCACAACAAAGCAUAUAUAAUGGUAACACACGAUCGCAUCUUCAAUUCGUGGUAGAGUGAGUGGUUGAAUGGUUUACGCCGUAAAGUACUCUCCCUUCUUGAAGCAUCCCAUGCAUAGUCUGUGUCGGAGCUUCUUGUUGCCGCAGUGUUCGCAAUCCUGCAAAUGCACGAUGUUCUUCAAGCGCUUGGAAGGGUCGUUGUUUCGGAUGCGUUUGCGAGACCGUGUGACCUUGGACUUGGGGCAGGCAUGCCACAGCGCAUCGUCAUCGACUUCAUCCGCAUCACCUUCAGGGAGAUGCACACCUGGAAGCAAUUCUAGCUGAACUUGGGGGAGGAAGCUCCAUUGCGGAGUUUGCAGCAUGCGCCGCACGCUCGACACCAGUCGCACCAACGCCAUCCUUCGAGAUUUGCACACUG